AUGACAAGGGAGGACAUCGACGGCAACCAGCAGAUCACUAUUGAAGAUAAUGGUCCCAAGGUAGCCUCCACCAAGUUCUUCCACUGUAGACGAAAACCACUAACACAACAACAGCACAUUGCGUUGGGCACCCUUGCCUCGGCGGGUUACCGCUCGACCGAAGUCCGCGGAAACUACAUGAUCAGUAACCUCCUCCAGGAGUUGACCUUGGCACAAGAUCUAAAGAAAAAGGUGGUCAAAAUACAUCGUUCGCGGCUGAGUGAAAAUCCUGUCGAUCGACUGUCUCGUCGCAUCCGAGAUGAGUUCUGGAAUAACCUGACCAGAGCACUGGACGCUGCCACAAUUGAAAAGGCUGGAAGAGACCCAAAGGAUUGGACAGAUGAUCCGAGACCGCGCAUCUACAUUCCUCGUGCCUGUCCAGAACAGUUCGAGUACUAUACCCAAGUGGUCAGAGACCAACCAGAAAUGCGACUGGAUGUCUGCUGGCUACCAGAAGGUCCCAUCACGGCAGAGUAUGUUCGCAGCCUCAAUAGUGCUCCUGGAAUCCUCGCACUUGCCAUGAAAAAGACCAUGAUUGGCGGAAAGGAGACCCUCAAGGGCGAACCUUUCAUCGUCCCCGGAGGUCGCUUCAAUGAACUGUAUGGCUGGGACAGUUAUAUGGAGUCCAUUGGUCUGAUCGAGAAUGGCAAGAUAGACAUGGCCAAAUCCAUGGUCUUCAAUUUUGCUUUUUGUAUCGAGCAUUACGGCAAAAUCUUGAACGCCAAUCGAUCCUAUUAUCUGUCACGGUCUCAGCCACCCUUCUUGACAGAUAUGGCUCUCAAAGUAUACGAGAAGAUCAAGCACGAAGCCGGCGCCUUGGACUUCCUUCGAUUGGCCAUUCGGGCAGCUAUCAAGGAGUAUUACAAUGUGUGGAUGUCAGCUCCUCGCCUUGACCCUGUCACAAAUCUUUCUCGCUAUCGCCCUGAUGGCUUAGGUGUCCCACCCGAGACAGAGUCUUCACAUUUCCUCCACAUUCUCACACCCUAUGCUGAGAAGCAUGGCAUGACGUUCGAAGAAUUUGUGCAAGCUUACAACAGUGAUCAGGUGGAGGAACCAGAGUUGGAUGAAUACUUUCUUCACGAUCGGGCAGUCCGUGAAUCAGGACACGACACAUCCUACCGGCUGGAGGGAUGUGCGGCAAACCUGGCAACUAUUGAUCUCAACUCGUUACUGUACAGGUACGAGAUCGACAUCUCGUGGUGCAUUCGGCAAUACUUCAAAGACCGAUUAGUUAUCCCACCGGAAUUCCAGACCGAUGCAAAUCGGAAAGAAGGCUACGAGACUUCGGCCACCUGGGAUCGCCGAGCCCGAUUGCGCAAGGCUCGUAUCGAUAAGUACAUGUGGAACGAGGCCAAGGGCAUGUACUUUGACUAUGACACAAUCAACAAAAAGCGCACUACGUACGAGUCAGCUACCACCUUUUGGGCCAUGUGGGCAGGUUGUGCAUCUCCCAAACAGGCAGCUGCACUUGUUUACAAUGCUUUACCCAAGUUCGAUUGUUUCGGCGGUCUCGUUUCAGGGACAGAAGAAUCUCGUGGCCAAAUCGGCAUUGACCGACCGAAUCGACAAUGGGAUUAUCCAUUCGGUUGGGCUCCGCAGCAAAUGCUGGCGUGGGGCGGACUGAUCAAGUACGGCUACAUUGAGGAAGCGCAACGACUGGCAUACAAAUGGUUGUAUAUGGUCACCAAGGCAUUCGUCGAUUUCAAUGGUGUUGUUGUGGAGAAGUACAACGUGACUCGUGAACUUGAUCCACACAAGGUUGAAGCUGAGUAUGGAAAUCAAGGAGCUGACUUCAAAGGAGUUCCUCGCGAAGGCUUCGGUUGGGUCAAUGCCAGCUAUGUAUACGGCUUGUCAUUCAUUCCUAUGCAUAUGAAACGAGCACUUGGAACCAUAACGCCUUACGAAACUUUUGCACGUGCAACAGAAAUUAAACUUGGAAGAGAUGAAACAAUCACGGAAGGCUCAGAUGAGUCUGUUCCGGGAUCUGCCGACGAGGCUGAAGCAGUUGUUAUCUCGGAAGCGGAAAAAUGA